AUCUUCUUCUCCUCUAUACCCUCUCAACCUUGACUACUUUCUAGCCUUCAACUCCAAUGGAUACCAAGUUGGGAGCCACCGGUACUUUGCAGCAACCCAAUGUUACCAGCUCUGCUCAGCAACCCUCCCGGGGCACCAAUGCGUUGCAGCCACCAACAGGCCAGGUAGGUGCUCUGCAGCAAGCUUCCCAACUGGGUGCUCUGCAGCAACCCACCCAAAUGGGUUCUUUGCAAUCAAGCCAGCUGGGUUCUUACCAGCCAUCAAGCCAGCUGGGUUCUAAUUACCAGCCAUCGAGCCAACUGGGUUCUUACCAGCAAUCAAGCCAGCCGGGUUCCCUGCAGCAACCCACCCAGCUGGGUUCUUACCAGCAACCUGGCCAGCUGGGUUCUCUGCAGCAACCGACCCAACCGGGUUCUCUGCAGCAACCGACUCAACUGGGUUCUUACCAGCAACCGAGCCAGCUGGGUUCUCUGCAGCAACCGACCCAAUUGGGUUCUUACCAGCAACCGAGCCAGCUGGGUUCUCUGCAGCAACCCACCCAACUGGUUUCUUACCAGCAACCCAGCAACGUAUUACAGCAGCCAAGCCAGCAGUUGGGUCCUUUGCAGAUGGGUUCUUUCCAGCAACCCGGAAAAGUGGCUCCGUUUUCUAUGCAGCAACUGCUCAAAAGUGACCGAGGCAACAUGCUAACAUUGUCCGAUGACAACUGGAUGGUGAAGCAAAUUCAGGCCACCCACGCUCCAGAUGGUCGAGUAGUUGAUACCAAACCCGUUCUCUAUCUUGUUGAGGACAUUCUUAAACGUGCCACUCUGAAUCCUAGUACCCUCAUUACAACGGGUACCGAAGCACAAAUUGAAAGCUUUGAAGAAAGGACCCACCAAGCUGGUUUCCUUGCCAUGCUUGAUGCACUGUCAUUUACAAUUGAUCGAAUUUCCUGCGAGAUAUCAUACAAGGCUCUGAGUGGCGCGGAUGCACAUCAAACAACACUGUCAAUAUUUCACCAGCUAUCACUCUUUGAUUGGGAUGCUAAGUUGGUGUUGACCUUAGCUGCUUUUGCUUUGCAUUAUGGAGAAUUUUUUCUCCUUGCCCAGAUUUACUCAACAAACCAGCUUGCUAAAGCAAUGGCGCUCCUGAGGCAGGUGCCUGGCCUAAUUGAACGCGCAAGUGCGUUGAAACCCCGGUUCGAUGCACUUAACAAUCUAAUCGAUGCCAUAUUGGAAGUGACCCGUUGUAUUGUUCAGUUUAAAGAACUACCCUCCGCGUAUAUCGCGCCAGAGGUAUCUGCAUUAACCACAGCCAUAGCCCUUAUUCCAACAGCUGUCUAUUGGACUGUCAGGAGCAUUGUGGCCUGCGCAACUCAGAUUACUAGCUUCAAUAGCAUGGGUUACGAGUUUGCGAUGUCCACCACAGAAGCACAUUGGGAGUUAUCCACCCUGGCUCACAAGCUCAAAAACAUGCGUGACCAUCUUCAGGAGCAGCUGGAAAAGUGCUACCAAUACAUAGAGGGGAAGAGGGACGAUGAAUAUUUUCAAAUGCUUGUCAAUCUCUUUGACAUAAUUCACAUUGAUAACUUGAGGGUUCUCAGGGCCUUGAUUAACCCUAGGGAUGAUCCGCAGCCACUUGUUGAUGGCCCCACCAAGAAAAGGGUUAACAUAGAUGUUCUUAGGAGGAAGAACGUGUUAUUGCUCAUUUCAGGGCUGAACAUCUCUCAAGAUGAGCUUUCUAUUCUUGAACAAAUUUAUAAUGAGUCCAGGCUCCACCCAACGAGGCUAGAGAGUCAGUAUGAGCUUGUGUGGAUACCGGUUGUGGACAGUUCGACCACAGGGGUUGACUCCAUUGAAAAACAAUUUCAGAACAUGCAGUCUACAAUGCCAUGGUACACUGUGCACCCCUCCUUGAUAGGAAAGCCAGUGGUCAAGUUCAUCAAGGAGAAGUGGCACUUGAAGAAGAAGCCUAUCCUUGUGGUAUUGGACCCUCAAGGAAAGGUGGUUUCCCCCAAUGCAAUUCACAUGAUGUGGAUUUGGGUAAGCAAUGCCUUUCCUUUCACUAGCUCAAGAGAAGAAGCGCUGUGGAGGGAAGAGACUUGGAGGCUUGAGCUGCUGGUGGAUGGCAUUGACCAGACAAUACUGAAUUGGAUUAAAGAUGGAAAAUACAUUUUCAUGUAUGGAGGGGACGACAUUGAGUGGAUUCGGAAGUUUACAAGCUCAGCACGCUCAGUUGCAUCGGCGGAACGCCUACCCUUAGAGAUGUUCUAUGUGGGAAAGGGGAGCAAAAGGGAGCAAGUGAAGCGAAUCAUAAAGACCAUCACAUUGGAGAAGCUGAGUUCCUGCUGGCAAGACCCAGCCAUGGUGUGGUUCUUUUGGACCCGACUUGAGAGCAUGCUGUUCUCCAAGAUUCAGCUAGACAAGGCUGACGACCACUUGGACCCGGUGAUGCACGGGAUAAAGAGGCUGCUUAGCUACGACAGAGAGGGUGGAUGGGCUGUGCUGAGCAAAGGGUCUAGCAUUGUGGUGAAUGGGCAUGGGAACACAGUUUUGACCACCUUGGUAGAUUAUGAAACGUGGAAGGCGAAUGUGGCGUUGCAGGGUUUUGAUGUGGCUUUCAAGAACCACCAUGACCUGCGUCAUGGUGAGAAAUACCCCUGCAGCCGCUUCGAGUUCUCCCGCAACGCUGGAAGGAUUCCGGUGAGCAUGAAGUGCCCUCAGUGUCACCACAACAUGGAGGAGUAUACCACUUUCCUCUGCUGCCACGAGGAAGACAUUCCGGCCAUACUAUACUAAACCCCGGCCACUUGCAAAAAAUCCUUCUAGCUAAUUAAGUUGGCAGCUAGCAUUUGCUUGAGUACAAUGCUAGCUAGCUUGUUCUAAAUAAAAAUUGUGUGUAUUUUUCUUUUUCUUCUUUUUUUUUUUUAUGUAACGAGAUUCGAGUGAGAGAUGUGAUCUGAUUAGCAGCCACUUCCUGGCUGCUAAUGUUUGCCAUUCAAUGUCGACGUUAUAAAU